AGCGCCUCCAAUACGACCGCGACUGUUGCAUGAGACGGCGAUAUCACACGGCGAGACCAUGUCGGUAGUCAGCUGUCAUCUCGCUCAGGCCGACCCCAGAGUUUCAUUCCAUUCGACAAUCCCGGAUCUACAUCGGUUGGACACCAGCAUUAGGCGUCCAGUGAGCCGCAUUCUGAGUGAGGCCAAUACAAGGGUCGUAUCGACAUGUCCCGCUCAUGGCUGUACGCAUUUUCAAACGAGAGACCUGCGAAUAGUUCGCCAAUCGACUGCCUUACGGCCAGCCCUACUGUCCGAGUUUGUGCUGGCCUGAUGGUAUUCCCCACGUCGUGUCGAAUACAGCUAUAUAUGUGUUCUUCGCAAUCAUGUCCACGCUGCCUGUCUCCCCGUCUUUGUCCAUUGAAACUAUAAUAAGCAUCAGCAACAUUGGUACUCCGAAACACAAUGGCGACUGGACCGGAUGAGCUGGGAACCAACGGCACUGGGCCACUCGAGCCAGGCACCGACAUUGUUAAUGGCCGGACUGCUGGAUCUCCAAAGCACGUUCUCAUUAUCGGCGGGGGCGCGGUCGGCUGCCUCACGGCUCUCAAGCUAGGUCAAGCAGGGAUCGAUGUCGAUAUCAUCGAGAGACUUCCUGAGACAAGCAACGCUCCGCGUGCAUGCGGCUACUUCGGCGCUGUGCACCACAUACUGGACGACAUCGGUAUAUACAGGUUGAUCAGAGAAGAAGGGUUCAUGACUCGUGGACUCUGUUUCCGCAAGCCGCCCAAGGACGACGGCGAAGGCCGAGGUGGCAAGUUGUUUGGCGAUAUCAUUGCAAAUCUGCCCUUCUGCGCCCCUAAUGACCCUCUCACGGAACCGGGCGCCGGUCUGCUGAAUCUGCCUCAAGCGCAACUCAAUCGCUUGUUCCUGCGCGAGGCGCUGAAGACGGGUCAUGUUCAGAUCCAUUUCAACAACGAACUGGCACGCAUAUUGAACAACGACGACAGCGGCGUCACGGUCCUCACGCACGACCCUGGCACUGGGGCGGAACGAGAAUAUCGAGCAAAGUACGCGGUCGCCGCAGACGGCGCCCACUCCGCAGCUCGCAAAGCUCUUGGCCUCCCUUACCCGGGCCACACCUGGCCUGAACGGCUUAUCGCCACCAACGUGAUGGUCCGCAACGUCGAGGAAACGCCCAUGCAUACGCAUUUCGUCAUGCACCCGACACACUUCAGCAUCUCAACUCCUCUCGAAGAACCCGUGAUGGGUAAGAAAACACUCUGGAGGUGGACAUUGGCGGCGGACCCGGCACUGGUGAAGUGCUCUGACGAGGAGUUGCUGACGGACGAGGUCAUCUACGCACAUUACGCACGUUGCAUGCCCGGAGCGAGGCCGCUGGACGUGGAAAUUGUGGCGAGGUCGGUGUAUAGGACGCAUCAGAGGCUUGUGCCGACGAUGAGGAAGGGGAACGUGCUACUCGCCGGAGAUGCUGCACAUUGCAACCAUCCCUUUGGCGCACUUGGUCUCAACACCGGCAUGCUCGACGCUGACGCCUGCGCCGAGGCCCUGAUCAUGAUCAUGAAGGACUCGUUCCCCGCCGCCCAGACCCUCAACACCUACUCCGACUCGCGCCGCAAGGUCUUCCAGUUCUUCGUGGAUCCCACGUCGACGCAGAACAAACUCCGCGUCCACUCGAAUCCCGCGGAAACGGCGGCGGAGGACGACUGGUUUCUGAGAGAUCUGAACCACAUGACGCCCAAGAAGGCGGUGGAGAUGGUGAGGCCGUAUUUCGAGGACUGGAGGACGGAUAUGCGGACGGCUAUGCAGGAAAAAGACGAUGGAUUUCCCACACAGGGGUAAUUCGCGCCGCCCAAUGCCCUCUUCUCCAGGUGAAGACCGUAGAAACACCGUCAUCUGAACUCGGGGAUGGUCUAGGACGGAAGAAACGCAGAAUAACCAAAGCCAAAUUCCUGGUUGGGGAUACAUGGCUUCAUCUUCUUACAUUUUCUCAUUCAUACACGUAAGUUGGAGUCCAUGGCCUAGCAUUUCCCGCCACGGUGCUUUGGCCACCAU